AUGUCAGAAAAAGAUCAUUCAAGUUCUCUUAAUGAAAAUGACGAGGUUUCCUCGGAUAAAUCAAAAACUAAAUCCACAAAGAAAGAUAAGAAAAAUUCUCAGUUUCACGGUAAUCGGACAGCAAUCAGUCCAGAUGGCAAACAAAUUGUUACUUUUAAUCCAGAAACGAGCGGAAUCAAGUUAUAUGGAAUUAAUAAUCUAAGUAAUCCGAUUGGUGAAUUUAAAAGUGAUUUUAAAAACCCUUGUUGGUCUUUAGCAAUAUCUGAUUGUGUAAACGAUGACGAACGUCUUAUCGCUUUAUCUUGUUUCGACAGUAGAACGUUCAUUCAUGAUGACGACAAAACUGACUUAGAAUCGGAUGGUGAUGGUGACGACGAAAAUGACUUAGAAUCUGGUGGUGGUGACGACGAAAAUGACUUAGAAUCUGGUGGUGGUGACGACAAAAAUGACUUAGAAUCUGGUGUUGGUGACAAAGUUAAUACCCAAUAUGGUUAUGACGAAUUUGAUCCACAAACAUGGGUUAUCUCUACUGCUGAUGGAAAUGAAAUAUAUACUUCCUUAGAAUCAAUUGGAGGAAUUAAGCGAUUCAAACCACUCGAACAAUGCGAACAAUUUGAACAAUUUGAACAAUUUGAAUUACCCCACCAACUUUCAAAACAACUAAAGCGUCAUUCACAUGAUAAAUGGCAAGGUUCAUUUAAAAUCUUACAAAAAAGUAUUAUUAAAAAUCAUUUUAUGGUACAUUCUUUUGAAAAUCGACAUCAAAUCAUUGAAAUGUAUAGUUUAAUCACUGGUGAUCUAGAGAUGUUAUUUAAACGUCAUGAAUCUUCAUCAGCUUCCGACAUAAUUCGAGGUUCUCCUAUCCUUGCGAUUUCUCAAAAUGAAAAAAUUUUGGCAUUUUGUCGGGGAACCUCCAGCAUUACAUUAUACUCUAUCGAAAAUGGUUUAGAAAUAACUACUAAACAAUUAAAAAGUCAAAGUGGAAUUCAUAAAAUUCUGGAUAUAAAUUUUAUUGAUGCUGAUAAUAAACUUUUAAUAAUCCUUGAAGAAAAAGAAGAUCGGCAUCUUAAAAAUUCUAAGAAUCAUCAAAUAUUUGUAGUAUGGGAUUUAUUUACUACCUUUGAAAAUUCCAUACGUCAAACUGACUAUCCCAAAACUAAGAAACCCCUAAAAAUGGAUCUCACAUAUAGAUUAAUGAAUUCUCAUGGGAAGGUGUUUGCGAUUAGAGACAGUGAAGGCAGUGAAGGCAGUGAAGAUAUUUUUUCGGUGUUAGAUCCAAAUGAAGAUGUGGAUUCAAUUAGAAACCCUUCAAAGAAGGCAAAGACUGAAGUUUAUAUUAAUUCUACGAAUGAUCACGUUUUUUAUAACAUAGAUGGAAAAAGUUGUGACCAAUUAGCACAAGAUCAAAUAAUUACGAAUAAUGUUGAACCAUGGCAUUCUAACGAAAAUUAUUUUCGGUUAUCAGUUUUCUUGGAUUCUUCCAAAAGUACUCAACUUAGUAUAUCGCAUAACACUAUACAAGUAUGGAAAUGGAAAUAUCUUAGUAAUAAUAAACGUGAACGAGUAUUAGAAUACAUCCGGGCUCGAAAUAAAGAGAUGGAAAUUCAAGAACUAAGAGUUGGGGAACGAGAAUUUGAGUUAAGAGUUUCUGUGCCUUCUAAAGAACUUCACACACCAAAAAUAAGGACGAUACACUGGCCAAAUAAUGUAAAUGUUCUUGAAGCGGCAUGUCGAACACUUUUUGUAUUAGGAAAGAAGAAACAUUCUAUCACAUGUUUCACGAAUGUCAAUCAAAUGAAAUAUUUGGUUGAAUGUACACAAAAAUUAGUACGAAAAUAUAUUAUGAAAUAUGGAAUAUUUAGAUUAACAAGUAUUAGAUAUUUAAUUAUGAAAUAUCUUAUUAAAAAUGAAAAAAGUUCAACGACCGAAAGAUCAAAGUCAGAUUUGCAUCAUGCUAUUAAAUGUAUUCAAGAAAGAGGAAAUUCUACAGUAAUUUUAAAAUAUUUAAUAGAUUAUUAUGCUGAUAAUAGUAAAGAAUAUAAUAAUUAUGGUUGGAUGUUUACUGUAAGCAAGGCAAUACCCUUACUAUAUGAAGCUAAAUUAAAUGAAUUUGUUCAAUAUUUAUUCAAAAAACCAUGUUUUGGGAUUACUGAAGCUUAUACCCCACCAUUACAUAUUACUUCUUAUGAUAUAAAAAGAGGAAAUAACGCAUCAGUGAUGCAUUCUUUGGUAGUAAAACCCCGUCUUGCAACAAAUUUCCAUUAUACUUCAUGUAUUCUAAGAUUGUAUUAUUGGUUUAAAACUUCACAAAAUGAUCGUAAAGUUUAUAUGGUCCCAUUACCUGAUUUUACAGCAAAUCCCAAAUCCAAAGAUUCUAACUCUAAAGACCCCAAGGAUUCCAACCCCAAAGACCUCAAAUCAAAAAUUCUUUGGGUUCUAUAUACAAUAUUUUGGCCACGUAAAAAAGUUAUUAAUAAAAAAAAAGAAAUGAGUCCUUUCCUUCGUGUUAUUAAUGAAGAGAAAGGAUAUGAAAUCUAUCGGACACCCGCAAUUAUGGCAGUCUUAGAUUUAAAAUGGAAAGCCGCCCAGAUUGUGCAAUUAAAAAGAGGAGUACGUAAAUAUAUGAGAAUUUAUAAUAUAAUUGAUCUAUUAUCAAUAUUAUUACCGUUAGUAAAUUAUAUAGCGGCCAUUUUAAAUGAUCAUCAAAUACUCAUUCUGCGAAAAUCAGUAUAUAAUUCUUUUCUAGCAUUUACAGCUUUAGUUUUGUGGCUUGAAUUGAUAUUACUAAUGAGAUUUUUUAUAGAUCCAGCACGUUUCAUUUAUAUCAUUGGAAGCAUUUUAAGAACUAUUUGGCCAUUCUUUGCAUUCAUGUUGAUUGUCGAUGACUUAAUAUUAUCUAUUCCUACUUAUAAAAUUAACGACACUUCGAAUUCAGGCUUAUACUCAAAUAUAACAAUUUAUCAGGAUAUUGAUAAAUCUUCCUGGCUUGAUAAUUACUAUUCAAAUCCAUUUUUAUCGAUAGAAGCUGUAUUCUUUUGGACCAAUGGACGAUGGGAUCAAUUAAGCCAAUGGGAUAAUUAUGUAGUAAAUGCAUUGAGUGUACUGGGGAGUAUAAUAUUAGUGUUAAUUUUCCAAAAUCUGUUGAUCGCAUUUAUGAAUGGUGAAUUUGAUAAAGCAAGUGAAGCAGGUCGUACAGUAGCUUAUAAACAUCGUGCUGACCUUGUUGCUGAUUACGAAGUUUUGCAAAGACCUUUUAGUGAUGAAAGUAGUGAUCCUCGAUACAUUUAUUAUAUACCUGAUCCUGGUAUGAUUCAUACCUGGCUUACGGAAACUGAAAAGGAUGAAGAACAAAAAGCACGUCUUAUGGUUGUAACUUCUAAAUUGAAAACGAAGGAUGCCAGUUAUAAUAAAAUAUGUAAUGAACCUUUAAACGUUGAUGAAAAAAUUAAUAACCUGGAAAAUGAAUUUAAGAAAUUUGACGAAAAAUUAGAAACUAUAUUGAAAACUUUAAACAACCUAAAUAAUUCCAAAUAG